AUGCCUCUGCUAGAAUAUGAAAACCAAAUUUUUUUGGAUUGCUUCCAUGAAGAUGGACUACUUAUCAUGUCCGAAGGAUUGGGCAUACAAAGAAUUCUGUUGAAUUUAUUGAAGGUCUAUUGUGAUGCAAGCAACCUUGUUCUUAUUUUGAAUACAACACACUUAGAAGAGGAUCAUUUGAUUGAGCGAUUAGAAGCUGAUGGAGUCAGACCUGCUCCUAAAAUCAUCACAAAUGAAUACCAAGCAGCAGAAAGGAAUAGAGUCUACCUGGAAGGUGGAGUUUUAUUCAUUACUUCUCGAAUUCUGGUUGUGGACUUUCUUACUGAUAAUAUACCAGCACAACAUAUUUCUGGCAUUAUUGUCUGCCGAGCUCACAAAAUCAUAGAAUCCUGUCAAGAAGCAUUCAUUCUCCGAUUGUAUCGACAGAAGAACAAAAAUGGAUUCAUCAAAGCAUUUUCUGAAAGUCCUUCCUCUUUUACCUCCGGAUUUGCCCAUGUCGAAAAAGUGAUGAAGAAUCUUUUUGUUCGAAAACUCUUCCUCUGGCCACGGUUCCAUGCUAGUGUAGCUGAAUGCUUGGACCGUCAUAAGGUGGAAGUCAUUGAAAUGCAUAUACAGAUGUCAAGUGCCAUGUCUUCAUGUCAGACAGCUCUCCUUGAUUUGAUCAAUGCUUGUAUCAUGGAGCUGAAAAGGUGCACAUCAGCUUUGGAUCUUGAAGAGGUGUCUGUAGAGAACACAAUUGGAAGAUCUUUUGAUCUGAUUGUUAGACAACAACUUGACCCAAUAUGGCAUCAGCUAAAUAGCAAAACCAAACAACUUGUAUCAGAUUUGAAAACAUUGCGUACAAUCGCCUGCCACCUUACUCAAUAUGACUGCGUUACAUUCUACAGUCUAGUCAAUUCCAUCAGAUCUAGUGAAAAGGCAUUUAGCUCGAACUCCGGUUGGCUUUUUCUCGAUUCUGCUGACAGUCUAAUUGUGAAUUCUAGAUUGAGAUUAUAUAAGGUGCAUGAAAAGACUGUCAAAAAGCUAUCUACAAAAAGUGAACAAAAGAACAAAAGUGAUGAUGUUUUGCCUUGCCUGGAAGAGCCUCCAAAAUGGACAGCUCUUUCAGAGAUUCUAGCAGAGAUCAAGGAAGAAAAUAGCAAGCCUGAUCCUGAAUUUGGAACUGGACGUGUACUUAUUGUGGCAGAGGAUGACCGAACAUGUAACCAACUAAAAGAGUUUUUAUGUGAAGGAGCACAAAAUGUCUUAGCAAGUCUGUUUAACAAACAUUUGGUGGCCAAAGGUGAAAAAUACAUUGAAAUAGAGCCUCUCAAGAAGAAAAAACGUAAAUCUGUCAAGAAAGAUGAAAAGAAAGACAGUGGAUCUACAGAAUUAACUUUGACACAAAUGGGAUCUGUAGAGGCUUCAAACUCAAAACAGCAGACAGAUGAAGGUGACAAUUUCAAAUGCUCUUCAGAAGAUGCUUACUAUGGUAUUCUGUCUCAACCUGCCAUCAUUAUUCAUCCCAUUCAUGGUGGCUCUGAUCCCCUGGGACUACAGCGAACCCUCUGGGAAGUUAAUCCUCGUUAUGUUAUCCUUUAUGAUUCAAAUAUGCAGUUUGUCAGACAAUUAGAGGUCUAUCAUGCAACACAACCAGACAUUCCUCUCAGAGUUUACUUCUUGACAUAUAAGAAUUCAGUGGAAGAACAAAGGUACCUGACAACUCUCCGCAAAGAAAAAGAGGCAUUUGAAUAUCUUAUCAAAGAAAAAGCUACAAUGGUGAUUCCAGAAGAAAGGGAUGGUAAACUUGAAGAUGAUCCAAAUCUUCAUCCAAUGCCUCUCCAAGAAACAUCCAUGUCUUCCAGAAGAGGUGGGCUUGAAAAACCCAAAGAACAACAAAUGAUAAUUGUUGAUAUGCGGGAAUUUAGAAGUGAACUGCCUUCUUUGAUUCAUAAACGGGGAAUUCACAUUGAGCCAGUUACAAUUGAGGUUGGAGACUACAUUUUGACACCAGAUAUUUGUGUGGAGAGGAAAAGUGUCAGUGAUUUGAUUGGUUCUCUGAACAAUGGUCGCCUAUACAACCAAUGUGUUUCAAUGUCUCGGUAUUACAAGAAACCAAUUCUGCUCAUAGAAUUUGAUCCCAACAAAUCUUUUGCUUUGAUGGGCAAAUACAAGCUAUCCAGUGAAGUUUCCAUGAAUGAUGUCACAUCACGACUGACACUUCUAACAAUACAUUUCCCAACGCUGAGGAUUCUUUGGUGCCAGAGUCCCUAUGCAACAGCAGAAUUAUUUGAAGAACUUAAAAUGGGAAGAGAACAACCAAAUGUAUCAUCAGCGUUGUCUGUAACAGCCACUGAAGAGAAUAUUGAAUGGAAUGAACGUUAUAACCCAGGGCCUCAGGACUUUCUACUGAAAAUGCCAGGAAUUAAUUCAAAGAAUUAUCGUCUGAUCAUGAACAUGGUAACAGAUUUGCAUGAAUUGAGUUCUCUGUCUUUAGAGCAACUUACAGAAAUAUUGGGCAAUGCCCGCAAUGCUGAAACAUUGUGGAACUUUAUCAGCACGAAAGACAAAGUUCUUUCCCAGAAGGAAACUGCUGGAAAAUCAAAGACAGAUCUUAAGAAAUCUUUCAAGAGGAGAUAA